AGCUUGCAGCGCGAACUGUCUACAUUAUUCAAACUUGAACAAAUCACCUCCAAGGCAAAUAAUUCAUCAACACCUAAACUUCAUACUUACCCUUCGUCAGUUUGCUAUUGGUAUUGGAUCCUCUGGCGGCUUCAUAGCCACCAAAUACACAUCAUGGUUCUUCAAGAUCUCGGUCGUCGCAUCAGCGGCGCCUUGCAUGAUGUUACUCGAGCACCUAAUCUCGAUGAAAAGGCUUUCAAAUCUAUGCUUAACGAAAUAUCAGGCGCUCUCCUUGAAGCCGACGUCAACGUGCGACUUGUUAGCAAGCUCAAGAAUUCAAUAAGCACCACCGUCAACUUCAAAGAUCUACCACCUGGCGUCAAUAAGAAACGAUUAAUCCAAAAAGCUGUCUUCGAUGAAUUGGUUAAACUUGUCGAUCCCCAUGCCGAACCUUUCAAGCCCAAGAAGGGCAAGUCGAAUGUCAUCAUGUUUGUUGGUUUACAAGGUGCCGGAAAAACUACAACGUGUACGAAACUCGCACGACACUACCAAGCUAGAGGAUUCCGCGCAUGUCUCGUCUGUGCCGACACUUUUAGAGCUGGUGCCUUUGAUCAACUGAAACAGAAUGCGACGAAAGCCAAAAUUCCAUACUAUGGUUCCUUGACCGAGACAGAUCCAGCAAAGGUCGCAAAGGAGGGUGUGGACAAGUUCAAGAAGGAACGCUUUGAAGUCAUCAUUGUAGAUACUUCUGGACGUCAUCGACAAGAAUCAGCCCUGUUUCAGGAGAUGGUGGAUAUCCAGGAGGCUGUAAAGCCCGACGAGACUAUUAUGGUUCUCGACGCUUCCAUCGGUCAACAAGCCGAAGCACAGGCCAAGGCUUUCAAAGAGGCCGCAGAUUUCGGAGCGAUCAUUAUCACGAAAACGGAUGGCCAUGCUAGUGGAGGUGGAGCUAUAUCCGCCGUCGCUGCCACACAUACACCCAUCGUUUUUAUCGGUACUGGUGAGCACAUGUUGGAUCUAGAAAGAUUUGCCCCGCAGCAAUUCGUGAACAAGCUACUGGGAAUGGGCGACAUGGCGGGUCUAGUGGAGCACGUGCAAUCCUUGAAGUUGGAUCAAAAGGAAACGAUGAAACACAUAACAGAAGGCAUCUUUACAGUACGCGAUCUACGGGACCAAUUAAGUAACAUCAUGAAAAUGGGACCCCUUUCUAAGAUGGCGGGUAUGAUUCCCGGCAUGUCAAACUUGCCAGGCAUGGCGGGGAUGGAUGAUGAGGAAUCUAGCGCGCGGUUAAAGCGUAUGAUCUACAUUUGUGACAGUAUGACCGAGAAAGAGCUCGACAGCGAUGGAAAGUUGUUCAUCGAACAGCCAACGCGUAUGACGCGGGUGGCUCGUGGUAGCGGCGUCAGCGUCCGAGAAGUCGAAGAUCUGCUCACACAGCAGCGCAUGAUGGCAGGUAUGGCCAAGAAGAUGGGCGGCAGCAUGAAGAAUAUGCAGCGAGCACAGCAAGCCAUGGGCGGAGGUAACAAAGCGCAACAGAUGGCUGCCAUGCAGAAGCGAUUGCAAAGCAUGGGCGGUGCCGGAGCUGGCGGCAUGCCGGAUAUGGCAAGCCUUGCACGGAUGUUUGGCGGUGCCGGAGGCGGCAUGCCGGGUGGCAUGGACAUGCAAAAGAUGAUGGAGAGUAUGGGCAUGGGCGGUAUGAUGGGAGGUGGACGGGGCGGAAGACGGUAGUAGAGGACUGUAGCGGAAUAUUGAAGCAGGAUAUUGUAGCGGGAUAUGGCAGCGGGAGACGGUAACGGAAAACAUAUUUCGGGACGGGAAAGCGGAGGUCGGGUUAGUACCUUACCUAACAUUACCUAGGCAUUAUUUGGUGCGGUAUACUGUCGUGGGCAUUGAAUGGCGUUUGGCUGCAAAAUGCAUUGAUAUCAACACGAACGAGUUUUAUUGAGAAAUGUACAACUUGUACAAUACCUAGCUAAGGUCAUCCAUCCCUUGUACGCUUGCUACAUGGACGCAUAUCUUGGUCAUCUUGUAGGGAUUUCGGGGACAAUGAUAGCUACUUAAUAUUUCUACGACCUAGACCUUAAUUUGAAACCCGACAAACGAUA